UGUGUGUGUGUGUGGCUGUUGUGAUGCGCUUGUUUCGCUUGUUGCGUAAAAAAACGGUUUGUAAAAGGUGCAGAACAAAAUGGUGCAGGAAAAAAGGUUCUCGCACGGGCGCUCGCAGGUGUGUAGCAGGUCGCUGGUUUCCACCUAGCUCCGGUCCUCUACCAACCUUGGCCGAAUAGGCCCUAGCACAUGCACGUUCAUCAGGCAACACUCGUACACAGCAACACAGCAAACAAAAAAAAGGCCUUCCCAAAAGGGUAGUUUUGGCACUCAGCGACACAUCCAUACACACGCGCACACACGCACGCAUUAGUCUGACAUCGGUAGCUGGGAGCAGUAGGUUUUUGCGGCUGGAGAGACAGCAGCGUCUCCACCAGACACGGGAACAGAGCGAUACAGUGUAAACGCGAAACGACGGAAUAAAGGACGUGCCAGCGCGCAGUGAGCGCAUUCGGUUUUAUUUUCCUCCUGGCGUGCGUGCGUGCGUGCGUGCGUGUGAACUGUGUGCAAGCGAUGCAUCUGUGAAAUUCUGUGACCGUGAACGAACGGCAGUUUUUGUGUGUGUGUGUUUUCAUGUUUUUGCUUCGCGUUCGAUGUACGCGUGUGUCUAAGGGUGUCCCCCCCCCCACCCGCAACUGAUCCCGUGUUUCUGUGUGUGUGUGUGCGUGCAUAAACUGAAUAGUGAAGGAAGCCACGGGCAAAGUGUGGUGAACUUACAACAAAACGCCAUUUAGCACGUCCCCCCCCCCCUACCCUCCGUUCCUCUCAUCACGGUUCCGUGAUUGAACCGUGCGUGCGCUGCGCGCGUGUGUGUCAUUGUAGCUGUGUAGCUGUACACACACACACACACACGCACACCCCGUGUGGGAUCGAUGUGCGCUUUGGUGGAGGAUGCAUUUGAUGGAACAUUUGGUUGGUGCGAACUCCAAUCGAACGGCGGCGGUCUCUCUGAUGUGACAAAGAAGCAGCAGCAGCAGCAGCAGCAGCAGCGCUAGUGUGUGAGGCAGCAUCGUGUCUUGCACGCGCGUGUGUUUGUGCUUGUGCCUGCGUGUUUGCGGGGCAAGGAGCACAGCGAGGAAAAGCGACGACGCAAGCGUUCUGCACCACCACCACCACCGCUACCAAUCCACCUCAUCCAUCAUUUCGAGCAAGGGAACCGAUAUUAGAGGGAGAGAGAAAGAGAGAGAGAGCUAAAGAGAGAGAAAAAGAGGGAAAGAAGUGUUUAGGAAAAGACGCAAUUUUUGGAUCGCUCGUGGCUUUGUUGUUUUUUUUGUGUUUUGAUACACACAUACCCACAAACACACCAUGUGGGGGAGCUGGAGCGGUCCCCGCCAGUGAUUGCACCGUUUUCCACCACUCACCGCCCCUCCCCACCCAAUUACAGCGUAAACAAAGCAAAAGCCUCCAAAAAAAAUGGCGUCAACCGAUCCAACGAAAUCUUUGUUUACUACGCAAACGGAGAAGCCCAACCAUUACACCUACCUGAAGGAGUUCCGCGUGGAGCAGUGCCCCUCCUUUCUGCAGCACAAGUGCAACCAGCACCGGCCGUUCGUCUGCUUCAACUGGCACUUUAUGAACCAGCGGCGGCGGCGCCCGGUCCGGCGGCGCGACGGCUCGUUCAACUACAGCGCGGACAACUACUGCCCGAAGUACGACGAGACGACCGGCAUCUGUCCGGACGGGGACGACUGUCCGUUUCUGCACCGGACGGCGGGCGAUACCGAGCGGCGCUACCAUCUGCGCUACUACAAAACGUGCAUGUGCGUGCACGAUACGGACGCGCGCGGCUACUGCGUGAAGAACGGGCAUCACUGUGCGUUCGCGCACGGCAUCCACGACCAGCGGCCGCCGGUGUACGACAUCAAGGAGCUGGAGGCGCUGCAGAACGUGGAGGACGCGGGCGACGGCGGCCUGAACGGGCCGAACGUGCUGGACAAGGAGCGCAACCUGAUGAACGAGGACCCGAAGUGGCAGGACACGAACUACGUGCUCGCCCACUACAAGACGGAGCAGUGCAAGCGUCCGCCCCGGCUCUGCCGGCAGGGGUACGCCUGCCCGCAGUACCACAACAGCAAGGACAAGCGGCGCAGCCCGAGAAAGUUUAAGUAUCGUUCCACGCCGUGCCCGAACGUGAAGCACGGCGAGGAGUGGGGCGAACCGGCCAACUGUGAGGCCGGCGACAACUGUCAGUACUGUCACACGCGCACGGAGCAGCAGUUCCAUCCGGAGAUCUACAAAUCGACCAAGUGUAACGAUGUGCAGCAGGCGGGCUACUGUCCCCGCUCGGUGUUUUGUGCGUUCGCGCACGUGGAACCGUACAUGGUGAUGGAGGAGGAUCCGCAGGCGCUCGCCCUGUCCGACAUGCGCUCGUCCGUGCUGUCGUCCGGCGACGGCGGAGGCAACGGCAGCGGCAAUGGCGGCGUCUCGGUCGGCGGCGUGCUUGCACCCGGCGUGAUCGGGGGCGCUGGGGGCGGCAACGUGCCCGGCGGGCCGCUCGUGUCGGCCGUCGUUGGCUCGCACAGCAAAAAGGAUGCGCAGGAUCUGGCGAAUUUCUCCUACUUCCAGCUGCAGCUGCAGAACGGCAGUGCCGAGAGCAGCGAAUCGGCCAGCACCAGCAGCCUCGGCUCGAACAACAGCUCGCACAACAAGGCGCCCGGGUCGCACCUGCAGCAGCAGAAGCACGGCUCGUCGGCCCUGCUCGGCAACGGGCACGGCGGUGCCGGCAAUCCGCUCGGCGGGCUCGGGCUGCUCAGCAACGGCGGCCCGACCGGUGCCAACAGUGGCAGCGCGAACGCCAGCUCGCUGCUCUCUAACCUUGACUUCAAUCCGGACCUAUCCAAGCAGAUGGUUGCUAUCGACAAUGAUCUCUCGCUGAAUCCUAUCGAACGCGAACAGCGCAAGCGCAUGACGUGUUUGACCUUUAAUAUGUUUAAUGUAGGCUCGCCGCUCGAAAUGUACGAACAAGCUAGGCGCGACAAUAUGCAUGGGUUUGAAAAUUCGAUGUCCGGACUGAUGUCCUCGGGACUCCUGCCUAGCAGCUCGGCCCCGGUAAACAUUCCAGGCUCAUCCAUGGGCAAUUCAAUUUCCGGCAUUCUGCAAGGUACAUCCGCACCGGUGAACAUUCCUGGCAGCUCUCUUGGCCACAACUUUAGCCCCUCGUCCCACUCGAACCUGUUCGGCCUGCACGACCCGUUCGGCACGCAUCACAUAGGGAGCGGUUCGGCACCGAAGCUUAGCAACAACUCGUACGGCCACAACCAUACCGACAACUUUUUCUUCCAUUCGAACAACAUCAUCUCGCCCGUGCUGGGCGACGGUCUGUCCGCUAGCCCCGAAAUUAGAAGAAUGUCGGACCUGAAUCCGCUCAGUAGUGAGAUAAGUAGUAACACAACGAAUUUGCUGUUCGGCGACGGUCAGCACCAUCAGGGUGGUCCGCAAGCACAAACUCCUUCGCAGCAGCAGCAGCAGCAGCAGCACCAUUUACAUCAUCAGUCACAGCAGUCACAGCAAACUCCUUCGCAGCAACAACAGCAACAGGCUCAGCAAGUCCCCCAGCAGCAGCAGCAGCAGCAGCAAGCGAUCAACUGGGAAGAGCGCGUCCUACAGGCGACAACUGCCUGCGAAGCAUGGAAAGCACAAAUGGAGGAAAGCAACCGAAAGACGGCCAUUGCCGAACAGCAACGCGAUGAAGCGCUGUCGCACGUGAAGGCGCUCACCGAAAAGCUGGAGCAGAUGAAGAUGUCCGGCAACAACGGUUGCCCGCCGAACUAUCGUCCGUGCGAUUUGCGCGGCAUGCCGCUGGCCAAAUUGAAAAGCAUACAGGCGAAACUGCGCGAAGAAAUCGAGGAGGUGGAAAUAGUAUUAUACCAAGAGACGGCCAACAAGUGCAUGAAGUGCGAGGAGAAAAAUCGCUCGGUUACGCUCGUGCCGUGCAAUCACUACGUCGUCUGUGAUACGUGCGCAACGACCCAGCGCGAGUGUCCUUACUGUCAGACGCCCGUCACACCGAAGGCGUAAUCGGGGCAAUGCGGGAACACCCGCCCGGGGUCCGGCAGGGCUUGCUUUUUGCUACCCGCGCAUGUAUUUUGCAAUGCAGUGAGAAUUGGGCGAGGGUGGAGAAAACAAAGCAGCAAAAAAAAAAAGAAACUAGUAGUAGUUGAGGCGAAGUGUGGGUACACUAUCUAUUAUUAGGCGCGCAUUUUGAUUUUACCCUGUAUUUGGGCAUAUGUUUUUAAAUUAAGUUAACGACAGUCUUUCAUUAUUGUACAGUGCAUGUAACAUUAUUUGUGUUAUUUGUGUUUAUUUAUAUAAGCCACUGGGCUCACAUCGACAAUUACAAUCGUGCUAGCGAUUUUUAUUUUUACGCACCUUCUCUAUCUCUUUGCGCUUGUAAGCAAACUAAAGUCAGCCAACAACAUGCCCGUGUACCGGGGUAAUAAUGAUUACGUUUAAUAAUACAGAAAAUGCCCCAAAUUGCGAUGAACCCCUUACAGGGUUUUCCAGGGAUCUCAUAGUUGUGGGACACUUCCUUGAUUCUUUCUUAUGGGAAAUGAACUUCAUUUGUUGAUAAUUGGACUCUAUGGCACAGGCUCCAUGGAAAUUCCCAUUACAUUAAGAGUCAAAUUCCCAUUGCAUUAAGUUCAUUUCACGUAAGAAAGAGUCAAUCAAGUGUUCCACGGCUAUUAGAACUCCUGGAACACCCUGUAUCCUAGACGCCAAUGCCACACAGUUCAGCAUGGGUGUGAGAUACUUACAUUCUUAUUUUGACACGUAAAACCAACCUGCUGGCCGAACUAAAAACAGAGUACACCGAUGAGAAUGAUCAUAGCAUAAUGUAUGGCAAAAUUCGAUAUUGAUGAUAUAUGACGUAGAUGUUUUAAAAACAAAAUAUUCCAGUAUAAUACUUUAAGGGUUCAAACGUAGAAUAUAUACAUACACACAAACACACAUAUAUAUAUACAUUAUGUAUUUAACUAAGCAUUAUGAAACGAAGCAUGGCGAAGAUAAGGAAAGAAAGCAUUAUUAGGAGCAGAUGAGCAAAUGGAAGAGGUUAAAGAAAAAUAGGAAGGAGAGGAAGAAACGGAUAAAGAAAAAUCUCAAAAAAUAAUUUGGAAGAUAGGCGAGGGAGAGAGCACCAAGAAAAAAAGGGUAAGAGGAAUAGCGAGCGAAGGGAAAAACAGGAGAGCAAGAGAGAGAGAGAGAGAGAUAUACAGAUAGAGUAUAAAGUGAAGGCGGCAAGGAAAGGGAAUACAAAUAAUUUUGUUUUCGUUUUCAGUAAGUGUUUUCUAAAUGUUUUCGAUUUAACGUGACCAUGUCGGUGUACAGUUAGCGGAAGCAUAUAAAAUUCACUGCAUAGAGCAUAACAAACAAAAACAAAAACAAAUCAGGAAUUCAUAAACGGCAGACGCGCGGUGGAAGUAGAUAGCCAGCACAGCAGCGUAUCGUUUGUGGGGUGGGAGGCACGUUGUUAAAUCGAUAAUUGAAUGCUUGUUUAGCUUAUUAAUCACGUUAGCGAUAACUUGCUCGAAUAUUGAAUCAAGCAGAAUUGAAGCGACAAGGAGGACAAGAAUAGUGGGGGUGGGCGGAGAGGGGAUGGGCAUUUAUUAAAUUAGUGUGACGGAAUCAUUCACGCAAUGCAGGUAGAGCAAACUAGUUGCCGAGCAGGGACAAGAGUGCAAAUAGAUGAGCGAUAAUCUCUAUGGGACAGCUGGGGGCCCAUUUUUAGGCAAUGGUUUUAGGUUUUAAAAAUUUAGUUUGCAAUUACCGUUUUUAUUUUUUUAGUAAUUUAAUCUUCGACGAGCAACGCUUCGGCGGCCGACUUUCUUUUUUGUGUAGCAUGAUUCGCCAGGCAGCCAUCCAAAUAUUACGUGAUUCGUAAUUCACAAUUCCAAAGACAGCGUGUUUACCAUUUGAACUAGGCAUGUGUAAAAUGAACGAGAAUCGCACCGUUCGAACAGUUCGGUAAAGUGCACGAACGAACGAGGUUUCUUAACAAAAAGAACGACCAGGACUUUUGGAAGAAACUGACUACACCGAACGCGUUCGAACUAGUGUUCGAUCUGUGUUCUGUUGGUGUAUAAAUCGUACCUACACAACUGAAUUCAUCGAACGCGUUCGAACUGGCUCAUUUGUGUUCGAUCUGUGUUCUGUUGGUAUGGAAAUUAUACCUAUACAAUUCAAUAGAUCGAGCCCGUUCAAACGGAUUAGUCAUUGUUCGCGAAUGAACUGAACUGAAUUGAUUGCGCUCAUCAUGUUGAUCCAUAUUUAAAUAAUUUUGUUUUUUAGAAUCCUUGAGUGUGUAUAAGGCAUGGGGUACAAUAUACGCAGGAGACAUUUUUGCUCGUAUUAGUUUUUUACAUGCUAGUUUUCGGUCGGUUUUGCGAUGGAUUGUGUUGACCAGACAGCCGAGUGUUUAAUGUUUUUAAAUUAUUGGUUUCAACCGCAGAAUUAGUAGUUCUUUGGCUACAGUAUGCGUCUAUGGUGGGUAAAUGAAAAAGAUAACGAGCGUUCUUUGUGAAUAAAAAUCUCAUGAAACAAAGAACGAAAGAAUCGUCGUUCGCGUUCGGUUCUUUUUGGUGAGCGAACUAGUUCGUUUGCGUUCGGUGAAAAGAAUCGUUUUGCCCAUGCCUAAUUUGAACCAUCCAGAUGCGGCCUGUGGAGUGGUUCGGUGGCUGGUCAAGUAACAGGGCAAGUAGUCAGAAUCCUCAUCUAUUUGCACUCGUGUGUGCUCGAAGAAAAACGAAACAAAACAAAAAAAAAAGCAACAACAAAGGUUUAUCAUUGGAUAUAAUAGAUAUUAUCUCUUAAUAGGUGUAUAUUGUUUCCGAAUUGGAUGCACGUGAGCAGUUAGAAGAAACAAAAAAAAAAAAAAAACAUUCAUCCCCCCCGUCAUUCCGUCACCCUACAGCAACAUUGCGGAUAAAUAAGGAGUAUAAAAAAUUAAAAUAUGUAGCAAUUUCGAGGCGGGCAUGUGUUAGAUAUUUAUAUGAUUACGCGACGAUGUACAAUCAAAUGAAUAAUCCUUAAUUUAUGAUAGCGCAGCACAGGUAUAUAAAAGGGUGUAGCAACUUUCCAAUGAUGUAGACCGAUAACGAAUGCGAGAAAGAGGGAAUCUUUAGUUCAUAUGAUAUACCGGGAGGGAAGCCGUUCGCAUUUAAGGAAGAAUGGCAAUCGCGUAUUACAAUUAUAAUUUUUACAAUUAUUUAAAUUCUACGGCAUAUUAUAUCGAUAUUAGCGCUUUUUCGACUCGUUUCUUUUUUCAUCUCAUCCAACGUCACGUACUUGUCAGGUAACAACAGUAUAUGUAUUAUUGAAUAGGGCAAAAUGUGUAUGUGUGUGUGUGUUUUUUUUAAAUAUUCACAGAAAGUGAACAUAACCUAGACAUCGCUCCUGCAGUGCGUGUGGGUGUGUGAAAUUGAACAAUAGACACAAAACAAACAAACAAAAAAACGGGAGAAAAUGAGCAGGAAACAUGAUCUCUUUUUCUGGUAGUAGGAGCGCAGCAUUUUUUUUACAGCAACAAAACGUGUCAAUUCGGAUCUCAAUCGGCUUGUUUUGCAAACAUCACAAUUUUGUUUUACCUGUGUAAUGCUUUAUGUAACUACGUGUAACGGGCAGGUCCGAUGCGAUGGUGUGCGUGUGUAAGCUAGACACUGGAAAGCAAUAUAUUUACGUGCGUUGUGAAAUUAUAUACCCGCAGCUUGCUUUACGAUCUUUUCUGACUGGCGGAUUCUGUUGUGCGCGCACCCACCCAGAGCAGAGAAGCAGCGUAGCGUUUCCUACUGUAUCCUACUGGAAUGUAGCGUUUCCUACUUGCUUUUUGUUUCGGGCGGUCGCAUUGUUCCAUUGUUGCGUUCCGGUGGCGCAGAGCAGUUCGUAAUCAAUUCACCUCACUUUCCACACUGUACAAAGCAUUGUGCAAAACAAAAAAGGAUUGGAGGAUAUACAAAUAUAGUUUUUUUUUUGUUAGAAAUAUUCGCUCAGCACACGCGCGGGUACAUCGUUCCUGCGUAACGUUUAAUGGCAAGUGCUACAGUGUGGCGGUGCAACGCAAUGGCCACGGAAAGGUCGCUAUGGGCAAGCAAAAUCACACAGCUCAUAUAACUUAAUAUUUACUAUUAUUACUAGUUUACCAAUUACACUUUAAUAUUAUUCAUACUAUAUUUCUUAAUUUUUGUAUGCAAGCGGCAGUGUAGGGCAGACCCGGUGUAAAAAUGAUGAUGCUGGUGAUAAAGUUGAUGACAUAGCUCCAUAACGUCCCAGAGAUACAUUUAAAUUCAGAUAAACAUACACAUAGAGCACCUCAGCGCAGCGCCUAACGACGCUUACCACCAAGACGUUACACCUUUUUCCUUCCCCAGCAGUAAGACAUACGCGCCAAAAGUGGAUAAUGUGUUGGGAAACAAACGAUAUAGUUAUCAAUAGCAGUAGUCCAUACAACUUCAUAUCUGCUCUUCUUUUCCCGUAAAUAGUUUCGUACAAAAAUCAUGCAGCAAAGGUUUUUUUAUAUAUAAUUUUUAAAUUUUCUCGCCUCAUCCUGAAAUAUGCAAAUCAAACCUGCUUCAUGUUUUGCGAUUCAGCAUUAGAAUUAAAAAAAAAACAAAUCGUGUUAUUCGUGUGUGCGAUAAGAAACACGAUGCAGAAUCUGAUACUGAAGGAAAAGCACACACCCAGACACGGAAGACCGCGAAUGGAUAACAAGAAACCAACAAGAACGAAUGCAACUAAAAUUAAUAAAAAAAAAACUAUAUACCACCACUCAAACUAAACAGCAGAAAUGCAUUCUGAUUUACUCAUAGGAGCAUACGGAAUGUUACAAAAAAAGACGUAUAUUUUCGAUACAAACUUUUUACCGAGCAAAACUUUACCUAACCUACCAAUAUAUGAGAGCAGCAAACAGGGAGGGAACGACGGAGAAUCGAAGAAGAGGACGGGGUAGGGCAGAUAAAGCGCCAGUAGCAAAGCGAGAGCGAAUGAUACUACACAGCAACAAAAAAAAAAAACAAAAACAAAAUAGUUUUUUACUAUAUGCAGAAACAAAUGCUGAGCGCGCAAACCACAGGUACAUUAACGGACAGCAAGCUGUUUUUCAGCCGAUUCCAACACAGUUUCGGAUGUUGAAAAAAAAAGAAAACAGUAUUUUUGGCACAAAACAAAUACAGUAUCCCAAAAUGACAUUUUCUUUACGCAUCACGUAGCUCACAAUAGCAUCCCACAACGAAACAAACAAAAAAACACAAAAGAAAGCAUCAGAUAUAAAGGGAAAUUGUUCCGUGAAUUAAAUGAAUAAUUUAUUUCAACAUUCGUUUUGUUUGUUUUUAUUUUUAGUUUUGUAAGUGGUUCAUGUUUUCUAUCUUUGGUUCGCUCGCUAGUUUCGUUUUUGUUCUUCCUUUUCACCAGACAUAUUUUAAAUUUUAAUUUUUCUCUUUAUGUUUUAUUUCAGUUUCUGUUGUUUGGUUUGGUUGCGCAUGCGGUUCAGUUUCAUUUUCAUUGCGGAUAAUCGUAUGCUCCGGAUAUGGUGGCACAGCUUCUAACCUAAACACACAGGCUUAACGCUAGCUAGGCCCAAAAAAGGCAUCUUGCCCUGCGUGACAAGAAAAGGAAACCCCACUACCCUACAUACCAAUCAAGCGCCCCUUUUAUGCGGUCGGCAUCAGAAACGGCUAAACACAGUGAGCGCAGAAAACGAAUCAAUUUAAUGCCUCGGAAAAGGUGUAGCGAAUUAGAAAAGAUUAAAGUCUGGAUGAGCGGUCAGACGGCAAAACUAAGCAGAUCCCGUGUAGAUAAAAAAAACACCAGUGUAGCGUGUAGCGUGGUGUAUCCUUCGUCUUCUCCACAUCCCAAUCUCUUCCCGUUCAUCCUACGCGUUCAGUGCUGACUGUGCGCGUUUCCUGAAUCAUACAAAGAACAAAAACAAAAAAACCCACCGUUUGUGACAGCUUACAACCGAGAGCAAAAGACAGCAGAAAUUGAGCGUGUGUGUGUGUGCAGCAAGCAAAAACGUUUAGGAUGAAGUACGAAACUUGAAGCAUUAACAGGAACAAACAAAUUAGGUAUUUAUCCAAUGUCGAGCAAUGUGUGCAUCCCCUCCCUCUGGGGGAGACGAAUAGUUUGGAACGGUUUUUUCCCCUAAUCUGCCUAGACACCCGGUUUCGGCCACCAAUGAAGCGGUUACUAACUUUUCACCUCUUGCCGGGUUAGGGAGUUUAGGAGUUUACUUUUCGCGUUGCCUGCUGUGUAGAGUUUAAACAGCAAACGGCAAAGGAAAGGCCGGAAUUUAACCAAAACGAUGCGUCUAGUGAGCGUGGUGGUGUGCCUGUAGACAUAAGCAAUGCAACCAACGGCAGACAAAGACAAAGUCGACGGAUGCUUCUUUCACAAUUUUUGUGGGUUUCGGUUUGGUUCGUCUCGGAAUUGCUAAUAGGAAGGUGGAGGAAAACAUACUUAAUUAAAAAAAGGGGUAAAAAUUAAACUAACUUAAAUCUAACGUUACGUUUCUGAGCUGUAGUUGAGUUUGAACCGCACCAAAAAGGCCAAAAAGCAAGAAAUCUUUGAUAAUGUACCCGCGAAGCUCCAAGUUUAAAUUGUGUCGUUUUAUGUCGAAACCUGCCGAGAGAGAGAGAGUGUGUGUGUGUGUGCGUGUGUAAACUUUGCCACACGUUGUGGUCAAUUAUUGCUGAAGACAAAUGACAAAAAAAAAAUAGAAACGCACAUCUUUUACUCAGUUUAUGACAUUAAAACGCGAAAACUUUCACCAACCAAUACCAAAAUAAUUGUUAUCCCGAUAAGAAGAAGAAGAAAAAAAACGGCAACUACGGGAAAGUAAUCAACAGAAAGCUACCGUUAAUCAAAGGUUAGCAACGUGACUGACUCUCGUGUUUCCACCUUCACUCCCACACACACCUCCCGGACCUUACCUUUGUACUGUGACGUUAGCAGCAAGCAGAUUGAUCUCUACAGUUCAUAACUGGGGCGUAUAAUUACAUCUAGCUUUACUUAUACUACUAACACUGAUGAUUUAUGCAAACGUUCAUAUAUUUGUAUUAAAAGUAAAAGAUAAAAAAAGAACUAAGAUAAAAAGGUAAAAAGAAAUAUAUGAAAACAAGAUACUACUCUAAAAACACUCACAACGCCAUCCGGUGUGUUGGUGGUUGUCUGCAACCUAUAAAGCUGUAUCUUUUAGUGGUAUUAAUAAAUUAAAAUUAACAUACCAAAAUGGGGUAAAACGAAAAGCGAAAUAAAAAAAAAACACAAACAAAUAUAACUAUAAAAUACUAGUUAUGAGCAAACCAAAAACAAGAAAUUCAUGCAAUACAAAAUACAACAAAAAAAAAAAAAAGAUAGGAGAACAAAUUCUGAGUGAUCAGCGUACUAUUUAUAUCAGUAUGGCGCUAAUAGAUCAGUUGCUAUAUACAUAUUAUACAAAUAAAAGCUAGUGCAAGCAAAUUAUAACAAAUCAGCGGGUUACACUAGACGAAAACAUUGAUCUGUGUGCGUGUGCGUCUGUUCUUUUUAUUGUUGCAUUAGCCUUCGGAUGAUCGGUAGCAAAGGCGGUACACAGUGACUAAGACAGAAGCAUAACAAAUGCAUAGCCAGAGCCAGGUUUAACAUUUACUUACCACAUUUAGUGCACAUCCGGUACGUUACAGUAGUGGCGAACGACAGUAGUUCAGCAUGUUAUAGAUGGUGUUAGUAAGCAUUUACCACGAACGGAUAUCACCUGGCGUGUUUUGGUAGUAGCGAGAAGUGUAGACAGUUCCAGUACACAGUUUAAUCUUGGUUUGGAAAAAUUGGAUACCUCCCAUUUGCUACUGCUCAUGCUCUUUCUUUCUGUGUUGCUUUACACAACAAACUUGUGACAACAAACAAACAAAACUAAACUAAAAGAAAAUCUAUAGAGAAAAAAAUGAAGAAGUAAAAAAAAAAUAAUCACUCAGAAAGAAGAGGAAAAAUAUAUUCUUAGAGAGAGAGAGAGAGAUAGAGAGAGAGAGAGAGAUAGAGAGAGAGAGAGAGAUAGAGAGAGAGAGAGAGAAAAAAAAAUACAAACAAAUUUAUGUAAAUCCAACUAACGACAGACUGUGGGAGUUAUAAGCAUACUGAUACACACAUGAGAUACAAACCCAACUAGAAUAUGAAAUUAUAUGAUUGAGCAUUGAAUCUAUUAUAUUAUGCUAAAGUCGGCGGGAGAGGGAGGAGAGAAAAUGGAAGGUGAAAGUUAAUUUAAACGGAGGGACAGUUAAGAAAGAAAAAAAAAAACAAAGAGAAACGGAGAAGACAAAACAAACAAUCAACAAAAAUGAAUGCAAAACAAAGAAAACUAUUACUAUUCUUAUAUAUUAGCAGCAGCCAUUCUAUUUAUUAACUGUGCAACACGACAAAAAAGAAAAGAAAAUGAUAUUGAAAGUGCAACGAGUAUGAAUCUAAUGUGCGGGUGUGUGUGUGUGUGUGUGUAUAUGCCACAGUGGAAUGUGUAGAUUUGCCUAAAACAUAAGUAGGAAAACAAAAAAGCAGCAACAACAAUAUAACUAAAGACGAUGAAGAAGAAGAAUAAAAAGAAAAAGAAGAAGAAUAAGGAGAAGAAUAAGAAGAAUAAGGAGAAGAAUAAGAAGAAGAAGAAGAAGAAGAAGAAGACAAUGAAGCAGAAGAAGAAGAAGACAAUGAAGCAGAAGAAGAAGAAGAAGAAGAAUAAGAAGAAGAAGAAGAAGAAGAAGAAGAAGAAGAAGAAGGAGAAGAAGAAGGAGAAGAAGAAGAAGGAGAAGAAGAAGAAGGAGAAGAAGAAGAAGGAGAAGAAGAAGAAGAAGAAGAAGAAGAAGAAGAAGAAGAAGAGGGAAAUAAAAGAGUCAAGUGGUAGGAAAAAGAAACAAUCCAGAAUGACAACACAUUUAGCGCUAGCAGUGAUUUAUGAACGUUUAAAUGAAUCCAAUGAACACAGAAGCGAUGAAAGGUGCAUAAAGAAAGAGAGAGAGAGAGAAAAAGAAAAAGAAAGAAAUAAAGAGAUAUAUUAUAUAUAUAUAAAGAGAUAUAUGAAUUACAGAACACAAACAAACAAAGAUAUUUAAGACAAAUAAAAGAUAUAUUAUAUAGCUUUCAAAUUUGGAUGUAUACGAAAUACAUCUGCAAUAAUAAAAUUGAACAAAAAAAAACAAGCGCUAUUCUAUAUUGUUCGGGUGAACAGCCAGCAUCAUUCUGUCUCUGUCAAUUAAAUGCUUCCGUUUGCGUUCUACCUUUGCGGGAGCAGUGAUUCGCACUGCUCGUAAUUUUUAUUUUGCCUUUUCAAAACACGUUCCUUGCUUUAGUUUAAGGUAUUUUUAAUUAUAGUGAUUAGAAUGCGCUAGGAUGCAAACUGUUUCAAAGGUUGUUUUUUUUUGGUAAUUAUUCUAUAUUUUUAUCUAAACCGUACCGACGGCUGUAGUCGCUGGGAAGGGUCAAAGCGUAAAGAUGCAAUUUGGUUUCUUCAUUACUAUCAACCCUCACCGAAAUCGAGACGGAAUUAACUCGCAGUAUAAUAGUACAGACAAACGGUUUACAGAGCUCCUAUAUGAUUACGUUGAGCUUGGCGUAUUUUAACGUAACAAACACCCCGACGUAAUUAGCAUAACGGCCCCAUCUCCAGGUAUCAAGCAGGUAUCCCUCACAACUAUGCAAUAGAUAUGAAACCAAUCUAAUAAUGAUAAUAUAUGCCGGCAGGGGUAAACGGGGGUAGAGGGUUGAGGGUGGGCGGGAGUUAAUGAAAAUGUAAGAAAAAGAUGAGUACAGUGCUUGCACUGUUUCGGAACCCAUCACAUCACAACACAAAUGGGAAAUGUUAACAGCGAACGACUAAGCAGCGCGGUACAGCGGGCAAACAGAACAAACACAAAUAAUUAAAUAAUAUUUUAUGUAGAUAUUGUAACAAAUUCAAAACCAGUAGCAGGAGAACAAUUUAAUGCAAAACUAUUUAAAAAAAAGGAAAACAAAACAAAGAAAAAACGAAAGCGAUCGAGACGGUUGCACGGUGGUGUGGAAAACGAUGACACAAGAGUGAGAAGCGCAAGAAUGGUACAACAGUUGUGUGAAUUUAUUUCGCCUUCUAAUAUGGAACUAAUUUUGUCUUCUAGAAUGUUUCCAUUUUUCUUCUGGAUUAACAAAUCCUACCACUGCAGAUAUCAGAAUGAAAUUUUCCGAUUCACACAGAUGCGCUCUGUUACCCGCGCACACAAUUGUUUGUGCAGCGUUUUCUACAAUAGAGGUGCCCUAGAGCAGCGGACAGCGAGCAAACGCUAAGUGAACGGUUGCAGGCAUAGAUAGGAAGAAAUUUGGUUGAACAGAACUACCAUCUGCAAAUGAAUUCAUUUAUAAAGAUGCAAACGGUCACACAAAACGAGCCAGACAAAUAUUUGUUUAUUGAAGUGUAAUAUUACAUUACAAAGAAACACACACACACACACACACACACAUA